UGUCUCCUGCUUGUACCUUAUUUGCUAAAUCGGGCAGUCGUACCCAAAGUCUCCUAAGCCUGAUGCCUGAUUCCCAACAAGGUUGCGCCAGGAAUUUGGGAAAAGGCCUGCACUAGCGGGUCGGCCACAUGAGCCGCUCUGGGCCUUCUGCGCAUGUGCACUGCGCCCGUCUCGGUAGUUCGCGUCGGCGGCCUCGGGAGAAGACGGUUCCGGAUGCUUCAGUUGCCGAGUGCCGAGGCGCAGGCGGAGAGAACGCGAUGGUCGAGCCCCCGGGUAGCGGUGGUUGAAUGUGGGUGACCCGUGGGACGGAGGCCCCGCGCGGGAGGGGCCGGUGACGGAGGAAACGGCUCGCUGCCUGAGCGCGGGAUGAGUCCUGCUCCGUCUGUAUGCAUCGAAUGCGAACCAGCGCGUCCCCGCGCUUGUCACCCAGCGAAGAUUGAACAGAAAUCCCAGGGAUCAGUAUCAUUUAAGGAUGUGACCGUGGGCUUCACCCAGGAGGAGUGGCAGUGCUUGGACUCAAGUCAGAGGUCCCUGUACAGGGACGUGAUGCUGGAGAACUACAGCCACCUUGUCUCAGUGGGGUCCUGUGCUACCAAACCAGAGGUGAUCUUCAGGCUGGAGCAAGGAGAGGAGCCAUGGAUAUCGGAGGAAGAAUUCCCAAGCCAGAGCCUCCCAGAAGUCUGGGAAACUGAUCACAAGAAAGGAAGGAGCCGAGAAAACCAGCAUAAACCUGUGAGGGAAGUUGCAUUCAUCAGUAAGAAAACGCCGACCAAGGAACGAGGUAAUGUAAUAGGAAAGCCAUUUAACCUGGACACAAAUUCGUUUCCUUCCAGAGAAAGCCUCUGUCAGUGUGACUCAUAUGGAGUGAGUUUCAGCUGUAUUUCUGAAUUGUGUAUCAAUAAGAAAAGACGUUUGGGAAAAAAGACUGGUGAAUUUAGUGCCUAUGGAAAAUUGCUACUCAGUAUUAAACACGAGAAAACUCCUACUAGCGAGAAAAGUGAAUUUUUUAAACAUGGAGAAACUUUCAGUCAGGUUGAGGACUCUGUUGAUAGUGAGAAGAUUCAAAGUGCAGAGCAAAAUUUUGAAUAUUACAUGCAUCAAGAAACCUUCCCCGAAAAGGCAACAUUGAGUACGUACAAGAGAGAGAUCACUGAAGAGAAUCACUCUGAAUGUAUUGAAUAUGGGAGAACCUUCUUUCCUAACUCCUCUUUCCUGUUACAUCACAUGAAUGCCUCCGAAGAGAAUCACUGUGGACUGCGUGGUUGUGGGAAAUCGUUAUGUGUUACGUCUACCCUUUUGAAACCUCGUGGGGCACGUAUGAAACCCUCGGAGUGUAGUGAGAGUGGGGAUCAUUUCCGGGGGGAUUUAUGCCUUCCGCAACUUCAAACAAAUCAUAAAGGAGAGAAACACUUUGAAUGCAAUGAAUGUGGGAAAGCGUUUUGGCAUAAGUCCCACCUCACUCGACAUCAGAGGUUACACACGGGAGAGAAACGCUUUCAGUGUGAUGAAUGUGGAAAAACUUUCUGGGAGAAGUCAGACCUCACGAAACAUCAGAGAUCACACACGGGGGAGAAGCCCUAUGUGUGCAACGAAUGUGGUAAAGCCUUCAGCCACAAGUCAGCCCUCACGAUACACCAGAGAAUACAUACAGGGGAGAAACCCUAUCAGUGUAGCGCAUGUGGGAAAACUUUUUACCAGAAGACAGACCUCACCAAACACCAAAGAACACACAUAGGGCUGAAACCCUAUGAAUGCUAUGAAUGUGGGAAAUCCUUUUGGAUCAAUUCACACCUUAUCCUGCAUCAGAGAACUCAUACAGGGGAGAAACCAUUUGAAUGUCCUGACUGUGGGAAAUCUUUCUGUCGGAAGGCAUAUCUUACACAACAUCAGAGAACCCACAUAGGGGAUAAGCCCUACAAAUGUGAUGCAUGCGGGAAAACUUUCUACCACAAGUCAGUGCUCACCAGGCAUCAGAUAAUUCAUACAGGGUUGAAACCUUAUGAAUGUUGCGAAUGUGGGAAAACGUGUUUGAAGUCUGCCCUCACAGUGCAUCAGAGAAUUCACACAGGGGAGAAACCCUUUGUGUGUCCUGAAUGCGGGAAAUUCUUCAGCCAUAAAUCCACCCUCUCUCAACAUUACAGGAUACAUACAGGGGAGAAACCGUUCGAGUGUCAUGAAUGUGGAAAAAUCUUCUAUAGUAAAUCGUCCCUACAUAAACAUACUAGGAUACACACAGGGGAGAAACCCUACGGAUGUAAUGAAUGUGGGAAAACGUUCUGCCAGAAGUCUCAGCUCACUCAGCACCAGAGAAUCCACAUAGGAGAGAAACCCUAUGAGUGUAAUGAAUGUGGAAAGGCUUUCUGUCACAAAUCAGCUCUAAUUGUGCACCAGAGAACUCAUAGAGAAGAAAAGCCCUAUAAAUGUAAUGAAUGUGGGAAGUCUUUCUGUGUGAAGUCAGGGCUUACUUUACAUCAGAGAAAACACACAGGGGAGAAACCCUACGAAUGUAAUGAAUGUGGAAGGUCUUUCUGUGAUAAGUCAGCUCUUGUUGUGCACCAGAGAACUCAUAGAGAAGAAAAGCCCUAUAAAUGUAAUGAAUGUGGGAAAUUUUUUUGUGUGAAGUCAGGACUUAUUUUACAUCAGAGAAAACACACAGGAGAGAAACCUUACGCAUGUAAUUACUGUGGGAAAUCCUUCAGUCACAAAUCAUCCCUCACAGUGCAUUAUAGGGCUCACACAGGGGAGAAAUCUUGUCAGUGUAAUGAAUGUGGGAAAAUUUUUUACCGUAAAUCAAACCUUGUUAACCAUCAGAGGUCACACACAGGCGAGAAGCCCUAUGAAUGUAACACAUGUGGAAAACCCUUCUCUCAGAAGUCAAACCUCAUUGUACAUCAGAGAACACACACGCAAGAAAAACCUUAGGAUUGCACUGUUCAGGGUAGCCACGCUUACCAGUUUUUGUCAUUGUGCCCCAGCGGGGAGGGCAUGCAGUGGCCGUCCCCAUCUCUUGCUGCUCCUUCCCCUGCUGCCAUUGCACACACGCCUGACGCCCGAGGGUGCCGAGGUGCACACCUGUGGUGUCCUGUGGCCCGGAGGCUGAUGAGAAACAAAAGGGGACGUCUUCCAAAUUGCCAGAGGAAGGACCUCAACUGCGCUAAUGCAGAACCCUCAGCCAGUGAACCUGGGGUUGGCGAGGCACUGGGGUUUUUUUCAGUACACCAAAGGACUAACCUUGGAGUCCUGGGGCUUGAUGGCCUUGACCCUUGCCGUGACAGAAUGACCUUACUGUUUGUGAACCGUGACCCCAGAGAGAUUGACUGGCAUUCCCUGGAGGAAGCGGCAGCUGCCUGUGAGGCGGACUGCCGGGCUGUGGUCCUUUCCCUUGUAACCACCCAGGCCCCCGCCACAGGUGUCAGGAUGGAGACGAAAACUGAAAGCUGUCACUUCACAUGGCUAGAAACCCAAAAUACUGUGAGGGAAUUUGAAGAGAGAGAAAUGAGAGAGAAGAAACCUGCACUGUUGCAAAAAGGCAGCCCUACAGAAGACAUUCGGUCAACCGCCGGGUUAUGGGCCACGCUUGCUCCUUGCAGCUGUGCUCUGCUGCCUCUGUUGAGAAAAAUUCUCAUCCUCCUGCUCAGAGGGGAAAGCACUCACCCUGUGCCCCAGCAAAGGGGAUCAUUGGAAUGCAGCUUCCAGACGUUACUGAUAGUGACCAAGGCACUCCUGUCACUUCUCGGUAUGCGCAAUCCUGGGCUCUUGAAAAAGGCAUUCCGUAGAAAGUUCGCUUCCCCUUUCACAUCGCCGCCGCUGCAUCGCGAGAAGACGGUCCCGGAUGCUCUCGCGACUGAAGGCCUGGGGGCAGGCGGGGAGGACGUGGUGGGUGAGACCCGGGUGGCUGUGGUGGUUGUUGGUGACCCGUGGGACGGAGGCCCCGCGCGGGAGGGGCCGGUGACGGAGGAAACGGCUCGGUGCCUGAGCGCGGGACCUCUCCUGGGGAGUAAUUUUCAAGUGAACGUGGCCUUGCAUUGGGGGAAUUCAUUGUUGUUUCUGGAGAACCCGAAUGAUGGUGUCCAGGUCCCUCCGGCACCCUGCAGCCUUGCCUGUGCCCUCGGUAGCAGCGGUUUGCAUUUACAGAAGGUCCAGCUUGCGAUUCAGGGUUACAGGAAGGGCCAACAGCUUUCGAUCUUGGCUGUGCCCUCCUGGCUAUCCCUACUCUUCCAGGGCCAGCAGAAGAUGAUCACAUCCCAGGGCUUAUUGUCAUUCGGGGAUGUGACUGUGGGCUUCACUGAGGAGGAGUGGCAGCGCCUGGACCCUGCUCAGAGGACCCUGUACAGGGACGUGAUGCUGGAGAACUACAGCCACCUUGUCGCAGUGGGGUUAUCCAUUCCUAAACCAGAAGUGAUCCUCAAGUUGGAGCAAGGAGAGGAGCCAUGGAUAUUAGAGUCCCCAGGCCAGAGUGACCCAGAAUUAAUUAAUAGCAGUAGAAACUAUUCAAGAAAGAAGUUCAAUGAGUUUAACAAAGGUAGAAAUUGGCUCCAUAAUGAUAAGCAUGAAGGAAUUUAUUCUGAAGAGAAACUUUAUAAAUAUAAUAAAAACGGGAAUGGCCUCCAUCUUAAUGAAGAUUUUGUUCACCGUCAGAAAAUUCAAACUUUGGAGCAACCUUUUGAAUACAGUGAAUGUAGGAAAGCUUUCCAUGAGAAUUCACUCUUUGUUGUACAUAAGAAAACUUACACAGGAAAGAACUCCUGUGAACACACUGAUUAUGGGAAGAUCUUCUGUGAUAUGUCAUCCCUCAUGGCUCAUCAGAGAACACAUCCAAGAGAGAAUCAGUAUGAAUUUAAUGAAUGUGGAGAAAAUUUCUUUGAGGAAUCCAUUCUCUUUGAGCAUCAGAGUGUUCGGCCUUUCAGCCAGAAGUCAAACCUCAUUCCAGUUCAGAGAAGCCACUCAAUUGACAAUGUGAUUGAAUAUAAUGAAUGUAGAACGUUUUUCAGUGAAAAGCUAGUCUUUGGUGUACAGCAGAGAACACGCACAGGAGAAAAACCUUAUGAGUGUUAUGAUUGCGGAAAAACCUUCAACCAGAAGUCAGCCCACACAAGACAUCAGAGAACACACACAGGGGAAAAAUCUUGUGAAUGUCAGGAAUGUGGGAAAACUUUCUACAAGAAUUCAGACCUCAUUAAACACCAGAGAAUUCACACAGGGGAGAAACCUUUUGAAUGUCAGGAAUGCGGGAAAUCCUUCAGUGAAAAGUCAACCCUCACUCAACAUCGAAGAACACACACAGGGGAGAAACCGUAUGAAUGUCGUGAAUGUGGGAAAGCCUUCUCGUUCAAGUCAGUCCUUACUGUACAUCAGAAAACACACACAGGGGAGAAGCCUUACGAGUGUUAUGAAUGUAGGAAAGCCUUUCUUAGAAAAUCAGACCUCAUUAAACAUCGAAGAACUCACACAGGGGAGAAACCUUAUGAAUGUAAUGAAUGUAGGAAAUCCUUCUCUGAGAAGUCAACCCUUACCAAACAUCUGAGAACUCACACAGGUGAGAAACCCUAUGAAUGUAUUGAAUGUGGGAAAUUUUUCUGCUACUACUCGGGUUUCACAGAACAUCAGAGAAGACACACAGGGGAGAAACCUUUUGGAUGUAAUGAAUGCGGGAAAAACUUCCGUCAGAAGUCAGCCCUAAUUGUUCAUCAGAGAACUCACAUAAGACAGAAACCCUAUGAAUGUAAUGAAUGUGGGAAAUCAUUCUGUGUAAAGUCAAAACUCAUUGCACAUCAUAGAACACACACAGGGGAAAAACCCUAUGAAUGUAAUGUAUGUGGAAAAUCAUUUUAUGUGAAGUCAAAACUCACUGUACAUCAACGAACACUUGGGGAGAAACCCUAUAAAUGUAAUAAAUGGGGGAAAUCACUCUGGGUGAAGUCAAGAUUUUAUAGAAAAAGAAUGCAAAAGGGGAGAAAAAUCUGUUGCUGUAAUGAUUUUGAAAACAUCUUAGGUCUAAAGUCAGUUCUCACAAUACAGCAGAGAACUUAUAGGGGAGAGAAUAAUAUGAAGUUAUUGAAUAUAGAAAACUUGAGUGCUUGAAUUAGAAUCAUAGAAUAUAUCAGAAAUCUCAGAGUGGAGAACACCUUAUCAGCAAAUCGCCCAAAGCCACACCUCACAAGUUAGAAACCUCUAUUAAUGUUCAUAGGGUAGAAAAUACUUGAUCCACAGGCUAUAGAACAUGCACAGAUUAUAGGAAGCUAUGGGAAAGCAUUGUGCUAUUUUAUUAGUUGUGUGUAGCAUCUCAGUGGAUAUCAGUAGUUUCUAGACAAAAUACAUUACUUUAAAUGUGUGGGAGCUUUAAGUUAAAAUCUAAGCUUAUGCAUCAGAUAUUUUGAAUUGAAGGAUCUCUGGCAAUUUAAGGUGGAGGAUGGUUUUCAUUUAGAAAUAGCUUUGUAUUUUUGUUGAGAUGCAAUUUGGCCCAUUGCCGGGCUUGUUAUUCCCCACUGUUUAAGGUAUUAGAUGUGAAAACACAGCACGCUGGGACCAGCAGUUGGAAGCAAGUCAGAGGCUCAUGCAUCUGCAGAAGAAGAGAAGAUUUUUAGCAAGAGGACCCACCAGGAGGACUUUCGGAUGCCCAGGUAGAGAGAGAGGUUCU